AUGGAUAACAGUAAAAAUUUGAUGAACAAUGAUAAAAGUCUUUGUUUGUAUUGUGAUAAAGCGUUUUCAAAUAUUAAUGACCAAGGAAAUCAUGUAGAACGUGAUCAUAAAACAGUUUUAAAUAAGAGCAAAGGGAGUUUAAGAAAAAGUGAACGAAUAACAAAAAAUUUGUGCUCGGAAAAUUCUCCUUUUGCAGCAUGUUUCUAUUGCAAUAAUAAAAAACUUAUCAAAAGUGAUGAUCUUGAAUCAUUGUUUCAACAUCUCUUAGCAGCACAUAAGGAUAUUUAUUUUGGGUGUAAAUGUAAAACGCGAUUAUUUGACAAAGUUUCACUGGCGAACCAUAAGAAAAAUUGCGAGUUAGGUGGUAGUGGUAGUAAGAUAUCCGAUGAAAAAAUCAGUGAAAAAAGAAAAUCUCUAAAAACAUCACCGUCUAAAGGAAAUAUUGAUUUAAAAUGUGAUACAUUGUCGGAUUCGUCAGUCAUAAAUGCAAAUAAUAUUUCUACUGCUGCUACUGCUUCUUCAUCAAAUCAUAGUGUUAAGACACUGCCUACAAAUGCCAUUACAAAAAAGUCUGAUAGAAGUAACGUGAAAAAUUCUAAUAACAAGAAUGUUAUAAACUCCAAUGAGAAGCGUAAUAAUAAUAAUAAUAAAAAGAGUAAAAUAUCAAAUAUUAGUAGUAGCAGCAGUACAACAAGCAGCAGCAGUAGUAGUAAAACAGUUGAUGAAUAUACCAUUCCUCUAACGCGACAAAAAUUAAAAGAGCCUGUUCAUUCCAACAAGCAAAGUUCUUCUUUUUCUUCUCAAAAUCGCUCAUCGAGCAAUAAGAAAAAUCAACAGAAAAAUAGCCGAUCUUCUUCAUCCGCGAAUGAAAAUAAAAAUGCAUCCUCUCUGCAUGCAUCGUCAUCGUCAUCAUCAUCAUCAGCCACUAAAGUUCAACGGACAAAAACUACAAAACUUAUCAGUCAUAAUUCACAAAAUAAUUUUGAGUUGGUUGAGAAUACGCAAAAGAUUGAUACGUUAAGUACGGAAUUCGAUGAGGAUUUCUAUAAAAAUAUUAGCUGUAAUGUACGAGUGAAUCUGAAUGGUUUUAUUGAUGGAAAAGUUAAUCAAUUGCAACUUAAAAGACCAGCAUUUGAUCGCAUAUCAGCAAAAGUGAAUGCAGACGAAAACGAGGCAAAUGAAGUUCCAAAUCAUGACGAGAAGGAAAUUCAUGAAGCCACAAAUUUUGAAUUAUCCACACCCUUCCCUGCAUUAUUAACCGCUGAGCAAUAUGGAUUUAGCGAUUUAAAUACGAAAGGUCGAAGGCAAAUUACGAAAAAUUCUUGGAAGUGGCGAUGGGAUCUAAUCAAAAAAUAUAAAUACGUAAAUGAAGGUGGCAAAAUAGUUAAAAAAGUAAAACAAAUUACAACUGGAUUAAAAGAUCUGUCACAAUUAGAUAUGUGGACGCAAUUGAGCAUGCGAUCACGUUAUGAAAAUUUAAACAUUCAGAACGGUGCAACAGAUUUUGAUGAUGGCUUGAAUGACAGUUUAUCCACUCGAAUGAUGAAAACUCAAAACAUUGAGCAAUUAGAUACCAUACUAGAUACACGAUUGAUGCCGGAAAUCAACAUAGAGCAAUUGCAGCAAACACUGGUCAAAGAGGAGCUAAUUGAGCCUAACGAGGAUGAAAAUGAGUUUGAAGAGGAAAAAGUUAACAAGGAAGAAGAAGAAAUACUCAAAACUUUAAGGCUAAAAAAAUUAGACACCACAAAACCUACAAAUCCCGCACUUAGUGGUGAAUGGGCUCGACCUCGACGUUUUGUUUGUAUAGAUUGUGGUCAAGAAUUUGAUCUGAUGAAAAGUUUAAAUGAUCACAAAAAUUCUGAACACCCGUAUGUUGUAUCAGCACAUUACGAAGUAGUCGGCCGUGAAAAUCUCGAACAAAAGCUCUAUAAGAAUUUAUUUCUUCCUAAAAAAGCUCUACAAGCAAAAGGAAAUGCAGAUGCAAAAUUAUUAUCAAUCACAAGUGAUAGCAAAUCAAAUGAAGCUUCAAGCUCAUCUGAAAAUAGUUCUAAUAAUUAUCUAACUGACCAGAAGGAAAGGGAAUGCUCGAAAUGCAUGAAAACAAUCAAGUAUUCCAAUGAUAUGGACAUCUAUCGACAUAUAUUAGACUGUAUUGAAGAUCGUGUGUGGAUGCAAGCAAAAAGAAGAAACAAAUAUAGAAGAUCUCGUAGAAAAACUAAGAAAACUGUAAAGAAAACAAGACUUUCCAAUGACCAAAAAAAGAUUACAUCUAGUCCGUUUCGUAAAGAAAAUAUUGAAGGAGAUACUUCAUUAUCUAAUCCUCCAACGCCAAAAGAAGAAAUAAAGCCAAUAAGUAAUCCAGUUAAAGGAAAAGCUGAAGUAUAUGUUAAUGAUGGGAAAUCAAAUAAUGAUGGAAUGAAUAUCAAAAGCUUCUUUCGAGUCAGUAAAACUACACCUAAUCUGCCACAAAAAAUCGUUGUUCAAAUGAUUGAAAUGCACCAAAAUAAUACUCAUAACAAUAAUUCUCUUCGGAACUCUCUACGAUCUUCGGCUAAGAAACUUUCAAACAAUCCUCUAAACAGCCCCAAACAUGCGGCUAAUGGUUCUGAAGAAAUAGACAAGUUAAAUGAAAGCAAUGCAUUAAAUUCAAAUGAAAUUGAUUCUCCUCAAUUAAAUGUGGAGACAAUAUCAGAGGAAGCAAAAAAUGAGACAGAAAACACCAAAAUAAAUAUUAAAAACAUAAGUAGCAACUCAACACAAAUAAUCAACACUAAUAAGAACAAUAUUCCACCUGCCUUGACAGCAUUACAAAUUCCAGAUUCUGAUAAGAUGAAGUCAUUAAGUAGUCCAACUAAUUCUUCGUCAUCAUCAUUAGUCAGUCCAACCUCCUCAGUGCCUAAAAAGAAGAAGAAACUCAAUGAUUGCAUAGCCAUGUUAACGUGUAAAAUUCAAGAAAAAUUAGGAGUCAACUUUUUUGAAAAUACAGCAGUUGAAAUAUUUCCAACAGAAGUUGCUGUUAAAAAGCAAGACGAGAAUAAUCACAUUGCAUCCAAAUGUACACCAAUACCUAAGCCUUUAACACACAUUGCAACUUUUACUCCUUUACCAACCAUAAAUGUUAAAAUUCCUGAUGUGCCACAAACAACAUUUACUGCUCCCGAGCAAGUUGAAGUGAUUGAUUUGAGUAUCAAAAAGAAACCACAUGAAGAAGAUCAAAUUGAACUAGAAAUUCCAUGUCAUAUAAUUGAUAAAUCAAAUAUUCAAUCAUGUUAUAGUGAACAUUUUAAAGAAAAAGAAAUUUCCAACAUUGUUCCUAAAAAGGUUGAUGCAAAAUCCAGAAGAAAAGUAGUAAAACAAAUCGAAGAUCCACCAAAAGAUGUUGAAAAGUGUAUUCAAAAAGAUGAUAGUAUUGAAAAAUCAAUUGUACAGCCUGAUGCAUGUAUAAAGGAAAAUGAGAAUAAGGAACUAAAUGAUCAAGAAAACUCAAUUUCAGAACAACUUAAAACUCAUAAUAUCACAGAAUCUUUUAAAAUUAGCAUCUCAAAAGAUAGAAUUCCAAAUUUAAAAGAAAUUCUUGAAAACAAUAGUGUCAUCACAGUCAAUAACUUAAAAAUAUCAGAAUCUGAAAGAAGAGCUUUUGAAGAGCAGAAGAACCGAAUCAUGCAAAUUUUAAAUAAAACGAAAAAGACAACAGGAAGAGCCGUUGCCAAAAAAGCUGUUCAAAAGAAACAACCAGUAAAGAAAAACUUAAAGCAGCAACAACAAGUUAAAGAUACAGUACAAAAAGAAAAAGAAGUGGAAAUCGAGUCACCUCAACUUCCAGAGCCUAUUAUUGGUGAUGAGAAGAAUCAGAAGUCUAAACAAGAAUCUAAGGCAGAAGAAUCAAAACCAAAGGAACCUGAAAAACAAAAAGAAUCAAUUGAAAAUAAGAUAGAAGUUGAGGCUCCUGUCAUUGAAAUAAUUGAACCAUCAGAAUUGAUAGUUGAACAACCAAAAUCAAAAGAGUUGAAGCAAUCUAAAGUAAAGGAACAAUCUUCAACCAAAAUUAAGGAUCAGCCACGGAAAGCUAAAGAUCAAUUACCAAAACCUAAAGAACAUACUUUCCCGAAAACUAAAGAACUACCACCGACAAAAGUUAUGUAUAAAUUUCCAACUGACUCUCCAGAACGGGAGCUCGAAGAAAUGCCAAAGGAUGAAAAGAAAUCUCCAGAAAGCGCAAUUGAAACUAAUAUUCAGACAAAAAUUGAACAAGCUAUUAAGACCACCAAUCGAAUACGUUGCAGGAGACUUUCUGUUGUUGUUGAUCCAAUAAUUCACUUAUCACCAUUCCAGCAAAGUAAUCGAAAAAUAAGGCUAACAAAUAACUCCCAACAAAAUGGAUUAUACGACUUGCUUACAAAUGAUCAACUUUUCAAUGCAAUCAAACCUCAAUUAAAGGAUGAGAUUAAGAAAACAUGCGCAAAAGUUGCAAACAAAGCUUCUAAUAAAAAUAUACAAAAUGCAAUAAAUGAGGUUCGAGCUAAAGCAGCAAAAGAGUUGGCCAAACAAGAAUCUAUGAUUGUUUCAGCACCUAAAAGUAUCAAAUCUAAAGCAAAUACCAAAGCUAGAAGGAAGACUUUCUCACAACGAUCAAGAUCUAAGAAAAAAGCUAAUGCAAAAAAUAAAGCAACUAUUAAGAACCAACCAGAGAAAAAGAUUGAAAUAGUUGGUGAAAGUAAUAUUAAGCAGACACCAACUAAAGUCGUAAAAGAGUCAUCUCAAAAGAAGCAACCACUUAAGCCUGUAAAAACUCCAUUAGUUGAGCUCAAACCUACAAAAGCUAUAAUUUUAGAAGCCAAGUCUAUGGAUGAUUCAGUUGUAGAACUUAAGCCUUUGCAAGAUCCAAUUAAGGAAAUUGAGCCUGUAGUUGAACUACCGAAAGUAACAGAACCUAUAUCACUACCAAACCAAGAUAUUGUAGAAAAUGAAAAACCAUCAAAAGCUACUACAAAAUCAAAGGCUUCCAAAAAUGGUGCAAAAACAAGAAAUAUGAAAGACAAUUUUGAUGAAAACAUAAAGGAUGAAAACUCAAUUAAUGGAAAAGAAGGUCCAAUAAUUCCAUUAAAUGAACAAGAUAUCAAUUUAACAGAAACGAAUGAUAAGCCUGAAGAAAAGCUCUCACUAGACGCCUCAUUUUUGUCAGAUACCAGCAAUGAAAAUGACAUUCCAUUAGCUAAACUUGUUGAAAUCAGCAAGAAUAAAAAUGUGAAAGAAAAAGAAAUUGAAAGUUUUCCGCUCAAUGAUGCAGAUAAUACUUCUGAUGAGCCACUGAUCAAGUCUAGCAAUAAGAAAAAAGCACCACAUAAAAAGACAACACUUAGAAAAGCACCAAAAUCUAAAGCACAAAAUAAGUCACAUUCAAAAUCAAAACAAAGUAAAGUCAUAAAAAUACAAGAUGAUGUUGAAGCUUCAAUAAGUGAAGAAAACGAUGAAGACGUCGCGUUCAAGGCUGAAGAUGUGAUGCAAGAAGAAAAAGUGCAUAUUCUAAAUCAAGAAGAACAGAUCAUGCAUAAAAAAGUAGAUCAAAUUGAAGAAAAGAUAAAAAUAGAAACAGAAAAGCCCAAAAAAUCAACAGAAAACAAAAUCGAAAAAGUCAAAUCUUCAGAUAUAAAUAACACAAAAUCUAAAAUCGAGAAAGAAAAUGUAGAUAAAUUGGAAGUUUUCAACAUGAAUGAGGACUCGUUCUUCAAUGACGACAAUGAUGCGGAUGAAAAAAUUAAUGAUCUAGUAAAUAACAUUAUCAACAGUUCUGAAUUAGUAGAUUCCGAAACAGAAAAGAGUGAGAAUCUUAAACAAAACAUCAAUGAAAAUCAAACUGAAACAAAAUGCACGGUUUGCAACAGGAGCUUUAGAAAUGAAAAAGUUUUAGAAAAGCAUAAUAAAACAACAACCCAUCUAUUCAAAGUUAAACGCAGAGAAAAGAGAAUUGCUGAACAACGAGAGAAGGAAGCUAAGAAAGAAAUUAAAUCUAAUGAAAUUGAAAUGGAUGUUCAAAAACCUAAUGAGACUCAAACCAAUGCAUCGUCAUCAGAUGAAACUAAAAUAUUUAGAACGAAAGGUGCUCUGAAGACAUUUGAAAACAUUUUAGCGUAUCCAUCAAAUCGUAUGUCAGAAACUAUCAAUUUUGAGCAAACAAAGGAAGUUAAACCAGUUGUGAUAACAAAUCCUGAAAUGAAGACAAAUCCACCACAAAAUUCCGACAAAAAAAUUGUAAACUUUGAGAAUGAUGAUGACGACUCUAAAAACGAAGAUCUCUCACGAAAGGAUAAAAUAUUUGAUAGUCUAUUUUCAAGUAUAGAGAAUAAGUUACAAGCAGCUGCUGCUGCUGCCGCGAAUAAUUCUGUGAGUCAAGCACCGCUACAGAAAUUUCCUUUUCCUGAUUUUAAUGACACACCGCAUGAUUCUGAAGUAGAAUCAUCAAGCACAUCGUGGGAUUUAAAACAUGAUGCUGAUAUUGAAUGGGAUGCUGAUAAUAAUGAACCAUCUAUUGCUAAUGCCAUAAAGGAGAAAUAUCCAAAGAAAAAUACAGUAAAGAUAAACAAAUUAAAAGAAACUGCCAUCAGCAUUCCCACAAAGUCAUUGAUAAUGGGAAAAAUAUUCAAGAAGCAUCGUGAUCGAGAAAAGCAAAAAACACCGCAAGCGGAUGCACCAAACAACAAACCAGGCAUCAAAAAUAGUCUGGAUGAAAUCUUUGAUCAUUUAAAGAAUUCAGCAGAAAUUGAUGACAAAGUUUUGACAUGUCCAUCACCAAAAACUUUACUCAAAAGUGCUGGUGGAACAUUUUCGCCACAUUCAUCGCAUUCUAACGAUAUGCUCGAGACUGCAUCACAAUCAAAUAACAAUAAUACUGGUAGUAAUAAUAAUAGCAGUAACAACAUAAACAAUAAUUUAUAUUCAAACAAAAAGCCUCUAUUUCCAUCAGCUUCAAAUAAACCUGCAAAUUCAAAUGACAAGAAAACUAAAAUUAAUGUCAAGAGUGACGAAUUGCCUAAAAACAACAAUAAUAACAAUAUCAACAUCAUAAAUGAAGAAGAAGAAGAAGAUGGAAUUGGCAAAAGAAAAUCCCGAAGGCGUUGUGCAAUUAAGACAAAAACAUUUGCUGAAACUUGGAGUUCUGAUGAAUAUGAAGAAUUGCAUGAUACGAAUGAUAUUAUAAGUAUUAUCAAUGAAAUUGAGAAACGCGAAUCAAUUAAGAGAAGAAAAGUAUCAAAAAGUGAAAGUCAUAAUGUAGAUAAUAAUGUUAAUAAAAAAAAUGCAGAAAAUAUUGAAUCUAAAACAGCAUCAGAUACCAUCAAUCAUCAUGUGAAGCCAAAUGCAUCAAUAUUAAAAACAACAAAUGAAACUAAUAUAGUAGAUAAGAAAUCUACUCAACAAAAUGAAAAGAAUGAGAAGAAAAAGUCUGUACAACUGCAAUUUCCUACCAGUGAUGUAUUUAGCAAAGAGAAACCAGUUAAUACAGUACGUAAACGAAGAAUGAGUACAUUAAAAGACGGUCAUAAGUCAGAUGAGGAAACAUUUACAGCUACAAAAGAUCUAAAACCAUUAAAACCUUCAAUUUCUAUGAUGAAAAAACGUCGAAUGAGUUGUUUUGUACCGUCGUCAAUAUUUAACGAUAAUCCAAAACCGCAAGUAAAUAAUAGAGCAUUAAAAAAUAGUACGACCGAAGUGAUAAGUAAAGCAAAAGUCGAUCAUAAAACCAUUGACCACAAGGAAAUUUUGAGUGAUGCAAGUGAAAAGUGUGGAAAGAAUCAAAAGAAAAUUUUAAGUGCUGUGUGCAAUAAUAGUAACUCAACCACAAUAAUAACAGCGAUAGCAUCAUCAGUGAUAACGGCUGCAGCAAAGAAAAAAGUUCAAAAGCAUCGAAAACGGCCUCGAAAUAAAGUUAAAAAUAUAGCUUAUGAUUCUGACAGCGAUUUUGAGUUGAACUUAAGUAGAAAAUCAAAAGCUUCAGCGUUUAGUGACUCGUAUAGCGAGGAGGAAGAGGAUGGAGAUGAGAUAUCUCAUAAUAAUAAAUCUAUUACCACAUCACAAAAUAUUAUAACAAAAAGUAGCAAUACAAACGAAUUGACAAUGAUAAAAGAGCCAAAGCUCUUGCCAAAUGAUCUCAAUGUUGUAACGACAACUGCACCUGCAAAAGCUGCCAUACCAGAAGACAUAAAUGAUCCAAUGCAAAGCGCUUGUAAUCGAACUAAGAGACAUAGUUCUGAAAAACUGUACUAUUGGUCAUCGUCAUCCGAUAGUGAUGUCGAGCCCGGCGAUACAGCUGAUGGUGAAAACGAAGAAUCACAAGUCCCUCAACAGCCUGAACAGCACGGGUGGAUUGUAGGCGAUUCACACAAAAAACUCGUCACAUUACUAGCGCAUGCAAAAAUUAAAAACAAAAUUAAUUAA